GAGCGAGACAACAAUUCAUGCUAGUUUGCCGUGUAGUGACGGCGGCAUCAAUUUCUGAAUUAAUUACCAUUUGUCGCAAAAACUGCGCGUCCUUUAUCUUUUCUAGACCAAAAUCUUUAAUCUUAUUGCAGGUUGUGUUGAUUAGUGAUCUAAAUGGCAUCCGAUGAUGAAGUAGACGGUUCGUUCGCAGGCGACGAGGACGUGGAGGAAGGUGAGGGUCAAAAUGAGAAUUCUGGAGAGAGUGAUGAAGCACCACCAAAGGAGGAUGAGGACUACUCACCUGAAGAUGGCAGAAAGAAGAAAAAGGGUAAGAAAAGGAAAGCCCGAGGAGAAGAGAAGAAAGGUAGAAAGAAAAAGAAGAAGCGCAAGAAUGAGAGUGAAGAGGAUGUCACCAAUAAGGAUGAAGAGUUUGGCCUUGAGAUCGAGGCAGAAGGAGACAGUGACUAUGCUCUCAGUGCCAUGUCAUCGACAAAGAAGUCCCGUAAAGGCAGGGGCAGUAAACACAACACGUCUGUCACACCAGCUGCUUCAGAUUCCGGAUCGGCAGGUAUGCCGACAGUUGAAGAGGUGUGCUCAUCAUUUGGACUCACUGACGUCGAUAUCCAGUAUUCAGACGCCGACUUAGAAAACUUGACUUCGUACAAACUGUUCCAGCAGCAUGUGCGACCAUUGCUCGUCAAAGAGAACCCUAAGGUUCCAGUAUCAAAGUUGAUGAUGUUAGUGGCAGCAAAAUGGCGUCUGUUCUGUGAGACAAACCCACAUCUCGGCAGCGGAACUCCGGCGAUGUCUGAGGACAACACCAACACAUCCACAACAUCAGAUUAUGUGCCUAAAACAGGCAGACCAGGACGCACUCCUAAAGAGGUUAAGAAUGAAGAAGUAGUGGAAGAACCCGAAGAGGAGGAAGAAGAGGAACAGAGCGACGAAGGUGCAACGGCGCCGCGCAAGCGAGGCCGCAAGCCCAAGCACUCGACCACGCCCGCCACGCCGCGCGGCAAGCCCGGCCGCAAGCCCAAGGUGCCCACGCUCAAGAUCAAGUUCAGCAAGCGCAAGCGGACCAGCAGCGAGGAAGACCAGGAGGGCAGCGCAGUGAACUCUGAUUCGGACGCUGAAUUCGAACAGAUGUUGGCUGAGGCGGAGGAACCCAAGCCGGCCACCGCCGCGGCCUCGGACGAGAGUGUUCCCGUCAAGGAAGAUGACCCAGCUGUGCCGCAACCGAAAAAGAAGGCAAAGACUAAGAUAGGUAAUAAGAGCAAAAAGAAGAAGAAAUUGAAAACUACAAGCAAGUUCCCUGAUGGCACUGAAGGAGAACAGGAACACCAGGAUUACUGCGAGGUGUGCCAGCAAGGCGGCGAGAUCAUCCUGUGCGACACGUGUCCGCGCGCGUACCACCUCGUGUGUCUGGAGCCCGAGCUGGAGGAGACGCCCGAGGGCCGCUGGUCGUGUCCGCACUGCGAGGCCGAGGGCAACCAGGACCAGGACGACGACGACGAGCAUCAGGAGUUCUGCCGAAUAUGUAAGGACGGCGGCGAGCUACUGUGCUGCGACUCGUGUCCGUCGGCGUACCAUCGCUUCUGUCUGAAUCCACCGCUCGAGGAGGUGCCGGACGGGGAGUGGAAGUGUCCUCGAUGUAGUUGUCCACCGCUAGAGGGCAAAGUGGCGAAGAUAUUAACAUGGCGGUGGAAAGAACAGUCGGCCAAGUCGAAGGCGCCACGGUCCAGAGAGUUCUUCGUGAAGUGGCAUGAGCGCUCCUACUGGCAUUGUAGCUGGAUAUCUGAGUUACAGCUGGACGUGUUCCACCCUCUGAUGUACCGCUACUAUAUGCGUAAGUCAGACCCUGAGGAGCCGCCGAAACUAGAAGAGCCGUUGGAUGAGCGCGACGGACGCGUCAAGCGGCUCAAGGACAAGCAGGACCAUGACACCGAUGAGAAGAUACUCGAGGAGAAAUAUUACAGAUAUGGUGUGAAACCAGAAUGGCUGGUCGUGCAUCGAGUGAUAAAUCACCGCACUUCCCGCGACGGUACUACUUACUACCUUGUGAAGUGGCGCGAUCUCUCUUACGAUCAAGCCACUUGGGAGUCAGAGAAUGCAGAUAUCGCCGGAUUGAAGAAUGCUAUGGAAUACUAUCAGGACAUGCGCGCUUUCAUCACAUCCGAAGGAAAAACAAAAGGCACCAAAGGCAAGAAGGCCGGUCGUAAGAGCAAGAAUAAGGACAUUAUUGACGAAGACGACAGCAGUGCCGGCUUGCAGAUGAAGCCAAAGAAAUACAACCCACCGCCCGACCGCCCCACCACCAACCUCAACAAGAAGUACGAGGACCAGCCGCCCUUCGUGUACGAAACCGGUAUGCAGCUGCAUCCUUACCAGCUGGAGGGGCUCAACUGGCUGCGGUACUCCUGGGGACAGGGGAUCGAUACAAUUCUCGCUGACGAGAUGGGUCUCGGCAAGACUAUUCAGACUGUCACAUUCCUUUACUCGCUGUUCAAGGAGGGACACUGCAAGGGACCGUUCCUUGUGUCAGUACCAUUGUCCACUAUCAUUAAUUGGGAACGUGAGUUCGAACUGUGGGCUCCAGACCUAUAUUGCAUCACUUAUGUAGGUGACAAAGAUUCAAGAGCUGUUAUCAGAGAAAACGAACUGACUUUCGAUGACGGCGCCAACAGAGGAGGAAGGCCGUCGAAGAUUAAAUCACAAGUGAAAUUCAAUGUACUCCUCACGUCAUACGAGUUGGUAUCUAUCGAUGCCACCUGUCUCGGGUCUAUCGACUGGGCAGUCCUUGUGGUUGACGAGGCCCACAGGCUGAAGAGCAACCAGUCAAAGUUCUUCAGGCUUUUAGCUGGUUAUCACAUUAAUUACAAGCUGCUUCUAACUGGAACUCCUCUACAAAACAACCUAGAAGAGUUGUUCCAUCUUUUGAACUUCUUAAAUAAAGAUAAGUUCAACGAUCUUGCCGCAUUCCAAAACGAAUUUGCCGAUGUGUCGAAGGAAGAACAAGUUAAAAGGCUUCACGAGAUGUUGGGUCCGCAUAUGCUGCGGCGUCUCAAGGCCGACGUGCUUAAGAACAUGCCGGCUAAAUCAGAGUUCAUCGUGCGUGUAGAGUUAUCUCCCAUGCAGAAGAAAUACUACAAGUAUAUUUUGACGAGGAACUACGAAGCUUUGAACCCUAAGAGUGGCGGUCAGACUGUCUCAUUGCUCAACGUCAUGAUGGACCUGAAGAAGUGUUGUAACCAUCCUUACUUGUUCCCUGUGGCUGCCGAGGAAGCUCCGCUCAAUCCUCACGGUAACUACGAUACACAAGCAUUGAUCAAGGCUUCCGGAAAACUGGUUCUCAUGUCGAAAAUGUUAAGGCAGCUUAAAGAGCAAGGUCACAGAGUCCUUAUUUUCUCUCAGAUGACAAAGAUGUUGGAUAUCCUCGAAGAUUUCUUGGAGGGAGAAGGCUACAAAUAUGAGAGAAUUGACGGUGGUAUCACCGGAACAAUUCGUCAGGAAGCUAUCGACAGGUUUAAUGCCCCGGGCGCUCAACAAUUUGUGUUCUUGCUUUCGACUAGGGCUGGUGGUUUAGGUAUCAACUUAGCCACAGCCGACACUGUAAUCAUCUACGAUUCUGACUGGAAUCCUCACAACGACAUUCAGGCCUUUUCACGUGCCCAUCGUAUCGGUCAAGCAAACAAAGUGAUGAUCUACCGUUUCGUCACGCGCAACAGUGUGGAAGAGAGGGUUACACAAGUAGCAAAGAGGAAAAUGAUGUUGACUCACUUGGUUGUACGUCCUGGCAUGGGUGGAAAGGGCGCUAACUUUACUAAGCAAGAGUUGGACGACAUCCUCAGGUUUGGUACAGAGGAAUUGUUCAAAGAAGAUGAAGGAAAAGAAGAAGCUAUUCAUUAUGACGACAGGGCUGUUGGAGAAUUGCUCGAUCGUUCUAAGGAAGGUAUUGAACAGAAAGAGUCCUGGGCCAAUGAAUAUCUUAGUUCCUUUAAGGUCGCCAGUUAUUCCACAAAAGAAGGCGACGGCGAUGAAGAAGUUGACACUGAAAUCAUCAAACAGGAGGCUGAAAACACUGACCCAGCUUACUGGAUUAAACUGCUCAGGCAUCAUUAUGAGCAACACCAAGAGGACCAGGCCAGAACACUGGGCAAGGGUAAACGUGUUCGUAAACAAGUCAACUACAAUGACGGUAUCGUUACACAGACUGAGAAUAGAGAGGAUACGACGUGGCAGGAGAACGGCUCGGACUAUAACUCCGACUUCUCUCAAGGCAGUGAAGAUGACAAGGAGGACGAUGACUUUGAUGAGAAGAAUGACAACGGUGACCUGCUGAGCAGGCGCAGCAAGAGGAGGCUGGAGCGGCGCGAGGAGAGAGACCGGCCGCUGCCGCCGCUACUGGCGAGGGUCGGAGGGAACAUGGAGGUGCUCGGGUUCAAUGCCCGACAGCGCAAGUCCUUCCUCAACGCCAUCAUGCGCUACGGCAUGCCGCCGCAGGACGCCUUCAACUCGCAGUGGCUCGUCAGGGAUCUCAGGGGCAAGUCCGAACGCAACUUCAAGGCGUACGUGUCGCUGUUCAUGCGGCAUCUGUGCGAGCCCGGCGCGGAUAACGCUGAAACUUUUGCAGACGGCGUGCCACGAGAGGGUCUGUCUAGGCAGCACGUGUUAACACGAAUUGGAGUGAUGAGUCUGAUUAGAAAGAAGGUUCAGGAGUUCGAGCAUAUUAACGGCUACUACAGCAUGCCGGAGAUGAUCCGCAAGCCCGUGGAGCCGGUGAAGUCAGCAGCGGGCGAGAGUGCGGCGCCCAGCCCCGCGCCCUCCACGGCCACGCCCAUCACAUCCGCCGCGCCCUCCCCCGCGCCCGCCGCCGCCGCGCCCGCCGCCGCCGCCGCGCCCGCCACGCCCGCCACACCCGCCGGCUCCGACAAGGACGACAAGGAUGACAUCAAGGAAGAGAAGCCCGAUAAGGACCUCAAGGAGAAGGACGAGCCCAUGGACACUAGCGACAUCAAGGAGGAGAACGCCGACGAGAAAGACUCGAACAAGGAUAAAUCCGAGGACAGCAAGGAUGGCGAACGACGCAUGUCCGUGGACGAAGAUCCUAAAGACGAUGAGAAAUCUAAUGAGAAGAAGGACGAUAAAGAUGCCGUCAAGGUCAAGGACGAGAAGGAAGACAUCGACAAGAAAGAUGAUGUCAAGAGCGAGAAAGCAGAGUCCGAAGCUUCCGAGAAACCUAAAGAUGAGAAGAAGGACGAGGACGACGACGAUGUGGUGCUAGUGAAAGAGGAAGAGGAUCUCAAGGUGGAACGGCGCAAGUUCAUGUUCAACAUUGCGGACGGCGGCUUCACCGAGCUGCACACGCUGUGGCUCAACGAGGAGCGCGCCGCCGCGCCCGGCCGCGAGUACGAGAUCUGGCAUCGCAGGCACGACUACUGGCUGCUGGCCGGCAUCGUCACGCAUGGCUACGGCCGCUGGCAGGACAUACAGAACGACCUGCGCUUCGCCAUCAUCAACGAACCCUUCAAGAUGGACGUCGGCAAGGGCAACUUCCUGGAAAUCAAAAACAAGUUCCUCGCCAGGCGUUUUAAGCUCCUAGAGCAAGCACUGGUGAUCGAGGAGCAACUUCGUCGCGCGGCGUACCUGAACCUGACGCAGGACCCCAACCACCCGGCCAUGUCACUCAACGCGCGCUUCGCAGAGGUCGAGUGUCUGGCCGAGUCGCACCAGCACCUCAGCAAGGAGUCGCUGGCCGGCAACAAGCCCGCCAACGCUGUGCUGCAUAAGGUGCUGAACCAGCUGGAGGAGCUGCUGUCGGACAUGAAGUCGGACGUGUCCCGCCUGCCGGCCACGCUGGCGCGCAUCCCGCCCGUGGCGCAGCGCCUGCAGAUGUCGGAGCGCAGCAUCCUGUCGCGCCUCGCCGCCACCGCCGGCAACCCCGUGCCCGCAGCACAAAUGCCGCAGUUCCCCGCGGGCUUCCAGUCGGGCGGCUCGCUGCCGGGCUUCUCCCCGGCGGCGGCGGCUGCGGCCAACUUCUCCAACUUCCGCCCGCAGUACUCCGUGCCCGGACAGCCCGCCUCCAGUGGAUCCUCUAAUAAAUCAUAAGCUCCAUAACUUAUACAACAUAAUUCAACUUGACAAAUCUGCAGGUAUUAACAUUCUCUUUUUCGCAAUAACUAGCCAAUGUAAUAAUUAUGAUAUAUUAAAUAAACCAAUAAAUACGUAUUUCUAUGUUUAUAUAGUUAAAUUUUACAAAUUUGUGAAUGUAGUAGAAUGUCUGAUGAAAUAAUAAAUUGUGUAUUAUUUGUUCUAGUGCCCGGCUAAUUGGUCACAUAGAUGAAUAUUUUAGAUGUAAGCUUUCCAAGAUUCCUGUUCCACCUUGGGUUUGAAGUGAUAAUUAUAGCGUAUUAGUGCCGUUAUGUUAGGUAACAUAUACAAAUACUGCGACAUUUUGACGCAGGACUCACAAUAUUAUUUAUUUCAUCCUGAUCUGUAUGAAUCUUUUUAUUGUGUAAGUGAUUGUGGAAUUUUAAGAAACUUAUUUUUAAUUUACCAAAAAUGAAAAAGGAAUAAAUCGUAUCUUUUAAGUGA